CCUCCCAACCAUCCUCUUCCCCUUCAUCUCUGCUUCACUGUUACUCCUCAUUCUCUCUACCCCUACCUUCUCUACUACAGUUCAUCCCUCUACAGAUCUCUGUAUAGCCUGAAUCCACUCACAAUUUCCCCCCAAUCAUGAGUUCUCCCUUCGAUAUCAAUGGCGGUGCCUGCGUCGCCAUGGUGGGCAAGGACUGCGUUGCCAUCGCCUGCGAUCUCCGCCUGGGCAUGCAGGCCUUGACCGUCUCCAACAACUUCCCCAAGAUCUUCAACUACGGCCCUUCGACCUUCCUCGGCUUGACGGGUCUGGCGACCGAUGUGGCGACCGUGUCCGACCUUUUCCGCUUCAAAGUGAACAUGUACCGUCUUCGCGAGGAGCGAAACAUCGCGCCCCAGACCCUGGCCAACCUGGUCAGCUCGUCGUUGUACGAGAAGCGUUUCGGUCCUUUCUUCGUCAGCCCCGUCAUUGCCGGUAUCAACAGCACAACGGGCAAGCCCUUCAUCUGCGGCUUCGACAGCAUUGGGUGUAUCGAUUUCGCCAAGGACUUCAUUGUGAGCGGAACCGCAAGUGAUCAACUGUUCGGUACUUGCGAGGGUCUGUGGGAGCCGGACUUGGCUCCGGAGGACCUGUUCGAGACCAUCUCCCAAGCCCUUCUCAGUGCGGUCGACCGUGACGCUCUUUCCGGUUGGGGUGCCCAGGUUUACAUAAUAGAGAAAGAUAAGGUUACCAAGAGACUAUUGAAGGGAAGGCAGGAUUAGACGAGAUAAUUACUUGGAUCAUGAAUUUGUGUUAUUUUCCCCCCUUGCGGCAGUUAUGCUCAUUGUUCUGCUCUCUAAUAUGACGCUUCCAUCCAUCCUCCCUCCCCAUCUAGGUGCCAUCAAUAUUGCCGAGGCAAGGCUGAGAGUGUGUGGGAAUCCAGGCAAUGACACGCAUAUCCUAGGUGCUUGCGGUCUAGCCGCGAUCAACUCAUCUUGCAGAAAUUGCGC